CCUGUUUAUAUUAAAAAAGAAACUGAUCCUCGAAAGCCAUUUUGUUUUUGUUUUUGUUUGUGUGGCACUCCAUUUCAUUCCGUUCCAACAUGUCAAUUUCUCGAAAUAUUUCUCCGAUUUAAGCCCUAAUUUUAUUUAGCAAAACGGAUACAAAAGGAGGGUGUUUUUGUUGUGGAAACAAAGAACACCCACCAAGUGUUCGACGAAUUUCCUCACACAAGUUUAGUUUCCACGUAUGGCAAAGAAGAGAAAUGCAUCCAAUGCUUUAGUGUCAGGAUCAGCUGAAGCUUCGGGUUUAAGAAGGUCAGGUAGAGAAACUCUAUCCAAGAAACAAGCCACUGCUGGUCCUUCAAAUACUCGAAAUCUAGAAGAGAGUGAACAGCCAUCACCAAAUCCAUCUCCAGCUAAGAAAAAACCAGAGAAUAUUGAAAAUCCGACGCGACCAAGUCCUUUGAGGAGGUCUGAUAGAGGCAAAAAGAUGGCUGAGGUUUCUGGUUUACCGGACAUUAAGUCAAAGAAAAAGAAAAGCGCAAACAGUGCAACGCAUUGUGCAGGGGAUGUUAACGAAGUUAAGGAAAAUGGAAGGCAGGAUUCAAAUGUGAGUGAUAGGAAAAGGAAGAGAUUCACCAUUCAUCAUUAUAAAGCCUCAUUCCGACCUCAACGAAAACGAUUUGAUAUAGUUGAACACAAGGAUACAGAAGAAGGGAAAGACAAGUCACCUCAGGCAAAUAUUAGCAAUAACGAAGACAUGGACAAGGACCUGAAAAGCCUAAAAGUAGCUGAUCAAACUGUAGCUGCAGAUUCUGAAUGUCAGCAGAUGAACAGUUUUACAGAAGGUCCUAAAGUGUCACUAAGUAGCAGAAGAGUUCAAGGGAUUCCUGAUAAAGAUCAAAAAAUGUUUUUGGCAGGAAGUUCGAUGGUUUUGCAACAAGUAGAUCAUAUAGGCUGUCCCUCACGAACAAAAUCAAAUGAUGGCAAGUUCAGUGAAAUUGGUAAUGCGGAAAUGGAUACAAAAUCAAACGAUGCGAAGUUUACUGAAAGUGGUAAUGUGGAGAAAGAGAUUGGGGACAAUUUAUCACUAUCUAAUAAGAAAUUAGCUGAUGGUGAUAACCACAUCUCUAACACAUCAUCAUUUAUGGUCAACCAUGAUUUAGAGAAUCACCAGGAAUGUGACUCCUGUGACAAGGUAACAAGCACAUGCAAAGCAGAUGCUGUUAUGGUGAAUGCAGAAAAUGAUUAUGCUGCUACCAGUUUGCAGAAUUCUGGAAGUACGUACAUCUCUUCAAAGUUUGUAGAAUUUUGGGUUCCUGUUCAGAUAUCAAAUGUUCAGCUUGAGCAGUAUUGUGCUACCCUGCUUUCUAAAGCUAUGAAUCUUCAAUCGUGCUCAAAAGAUACUCUUGGGGCCCUUAGUGAUGUAUUUGUCUCCAACCAGAAGUGCUGUAAUCACCCCUUCCUCGUGGAUCCAGAUAUUGAAAACCUGAUUACGAAGGAUCUUGAACCUAGUAUGAUGUUUGAUGCUAGCAUAAAAGCAAGCGGCAAACUAUGUUUUCUUGACCACAUACUGCCAGAGGUUAGAAAACGUCAACAAAGAGUGCUAGUUCUUUUCCAGCCUACACGUGGCCCCUUAAAUAAGAAAGUUUCCAUUGGAAGCAUACUAGAAGAUUAUGUCGUUCGGCGAUUUGGUCAAGAAUCUUAUGAAAUUGUGGAUGGGUCUACCUCGUCGAAAAAGCAAGCUGCUUCAAACAAAUUCAAUAGAGAAAUGAGUAGAUUUAUCUUCUUACUAGAGUCUCGUGCGUGUAGUCAGAGCAUCAAAUUAUCGUCCGUAGAUAUUAUAAUUAUAUUUGACAGCGAUUUGAUUCCCGCAACUGAUCUAAGGGCAUUGCAAAAAGUAAAUAUUGAUUCUCAGUCAGAACCUAUAAUGAUUUUCCGCUUAUAUUCUUCAUCCACGCUGGAAGAGAAAAUACUUAAACUUGCUGAGCAAAAUGUGGCUAUUGAUAUCCGAUCGCAGACUUUAAGGAGUAAUUAUGAUGCCUUACUCACUUGGGGGGCGCCAGAGUUGUUCAACAAACUCACUGAGUUUCAUACUGCAUCUCUCUGGAACAUCUCCUCUGAUGGUUCCUUAACUAAUGAUGCGGUGGAGGAGUUUUUAAACAUAGUGUCUCACAAAUCCAAAAGCAGGGAUUCAGUUAAAUCACUGAUCACAGGAGUUCAAAAUUUUGGAAUCUAUGGUAAAAAUAUCCCUUUGCAUAGUGCGAUAAAAACCCACUUAUCACAUGGGGAGCAUCCUCAUGUAUUUUGGAGAAAUUUGUUGGAAGGACGGAAUCCACUUUGGAAAUUUAUACCUGAGUCGACCCCACGGCAAAGAAAACGGCCCAUUUACUCUUCGGACUCAGACAAAGAAAGUGGUAUGGAUGGUGGUGGAGUUAAGACACGUCGGAGGACGGUGAUUAGUACCAUUGAGCAAGGUCAGUGGAAGCCUACAAUUGAAGGGGGGUCUAGUGGGAUAUAUGAAGGGGGUUCUGUGCCUCCAGUCCAUAACGAGUCUCAAUCAUCCUCUGGUGUUCCUACAGCAGUCAUUAAUGAUACGAGUCUUCAUGAUCUCUUAAAGCCUACUGUGUCUGAGCUCUGUAGUGUUCUUAAAUUCUCGGAGGAUGUCACAGUCAUAGUUGAAAGAUUUCUUAAAUUUGUGCUUGAGAAAUUUCGUGUUAGCAAGGAACACACAAGUGCAUUACACGCUUUUAUGAUAUCACUGUGUUGGGUCGGUGCUUCAUUGGCGCAAUACAAUAUUGAUAGGAGAGAGUCCUUUGCUCUUGCAGCGAAGUUCUUGAAUUUCAGCUGCUCAUAUGAAGAAGCAGACAAGGUACACAAAAAGUUGGAACAAGGAGCAAAAGAUUUAUUCUUACAGCACACAGAAAUACUUGAUGCCUUAGAAGAGUGUAUUCGCAAACCUCAAGAGAAUGUUGAAGGUAGGACUAUAAGCACUGAUACGUUACAUGCCGCCGAAGGCAACAAUGAAGUCAGUCAUAAUGAUGUGGGGUCAUAUGUGGACUCAGCUGAGGCGUCAACACCAGCUGACAAGUACAAUGAAAAGAAUAUUGAGAAUAACAAUACUAGGCCUUAUACAUCAUCACAUGCAUUUGAAGACCAUGAUGACCUUUGUGGUUCUAAGAAUAAUAAUCGUAAUAAUUCACUAUCUGCAGAUGUAUCACUGCACAAAACUGCUUCCGUUCAGCCAUCUGGUAUGCCGCCUUCAGAUAAUACAAUGGAAAGAGUUCUGGAAGUUGAAAACAUGUUUCAUCAAUUUCAACAACCUCUAGACACCGGAGUUCAAGAUAAAAACGGGCAAACUGAUCUUAUCUCAUUAUCUGAAACUACUACAGCUCAUCAUGAAUCAUCUAAUGAAGAUCUUUCUAGAAAGGUCCAAAACGAGAUCGAUGAGUUUAACAAAGACUGGGAUGAGAAAAGGGCAAUUAUAGAGAAUGAGUACAAUGUGGAUGGAGCAAUUACUCGCAUUCUGUAUAAAAAUAAUCCCUCUGUAAGAUCAGAAAAGCUAAAUAUGUCAAAAAAGAAAUAUAUUGACAAAUUGAAUGAACACGAAAGAUUGAAGGAGAUUCACCUCAAAGAUCUAAAAGCAAAACUACUGCCAGUUAAUGAGGAACUUCCUUUACAUGUGUCCCAACAUGAGGUGGCCCCUAGUUUAUGUGAAAACCCGAUCGAAGCACAAAGUCAUGAUGAACCUGAUCAUGAUGCUAAUGUUAGUAUCCCAAAUGUGACGGAAGGUGAUGAUGCUGAUAAAGUUGAGUCUACACGCUCUCAUACCCCUGAUAAACAGAUGGCUGAUGCGUCUGUAUCAAAGGAACCAGUUGGAGAAAUACCAGCACAACAAAAUGAUGACAUGGCUGUAGCUGAUUUAACAGUAUUAAGUGAACCUGUUACAGAAAUUCCAGCUCAACGGCAUGAUGACAUGACACAUGAUGUGGCUGUCGAAACUUUCUUGACUGAGAUGGAAGUUCCGCUAGUUGAUUCCAACAAAGAACAUGCUCAUUUAGGCGGUAACUGUCCUGACAGGUCACAUGCCAGCGGAGAUUGCGACGAGACUACUCCCAAUGAUGUGGUGCCAGAUGUCGACUUGCAGGAGAUGAGAAUGCCAGGUGGAAGCUGUGACAAGGAGAAUGCUGAAGACAGGAUUAUAAGCCCAGAUACAUUACAUGCCGCUGAAGGCAACAAUGAAGUCAGUCAUAAUGAUGUGGGGUCACAUGUGCACUCAGCUGAGGCGUCAACCCCAGCUGAUAAAAUUGAGUCUGCAAGUUCUCAUACCCCUGAUAAACAGACAGCUGAUGCGACUGUCCCAAGUGAACCAGUUGCAGAAAUACUAGCACAACAAAAUGAUGACAUGGAGAUUGACAUGGCAGUAGAUGAUGCAACAGUAUUAUGUAAGCUUGUGUCAGAGGUUCCUGCUCGACAGCUUGAUGACAUGAUGGGUGAUAUGGCGGUAAAUACUGACUUGAGUGAGAUGGAAAUGUUGCUAGUUGAUUCCAACAAAGAGCAUGCUAGUUUAGGCGGUAACUGUCUUGACAGGUCACAUGCCAGAGAAGAUGGGGACAAGACUGCUCCCAAUGAUGUGGUGCCAGAUGUCAACUCUGAGGAGAUGGGAAUGCCAGAUGGAAACUGUGAACAAGAGAGUGCUGAAGAUAGGACUAUUAGCGCUGAUACAUUACAUGCUGCUGAGGGCAACAAUGAAGUCAGUCAUACUGAUGUGGGGUCACAUGUGGACUCAGCUCAGGCGUUAAAGCCAGCCGACAACUACAAUGAAGAGAAUAUUGGAGAUAACGAUGCCAGGCCUGAUACAUCAUCACAUGCAUUUGAAGACAAUGAUGAUCUGUGUGGUUCUAAUAAUAAUAAUUCACUAUCUGCAGAUGUAUUAUCGGACAAAACUCUUUUGGUUCGUGCAUCUCCUACGCCGCCUUCAGAUCAUACAAUGCAAACAAUUCUGGAAAUUGAAAACGUGUCUCAGCAAGUUCAACAACCUCCAGACACUGGAGUUCAAGAUAAAGACGGGCAAGUUGAUCUUAGCUCGUUAGCUGAAACUACUACUGGUCAACCUGGUGAAAUCACUCUAGAAGACUCGCCACUUGAUUCUCAUAAUGAAAUGAUGUUGCCGUCAUCCACAUAUCCACUGGUUCUUCAGAAUCACUCUAAUAUUCUUCCACCGAGUGGGCUUUUUGUUGAACAUUCAACCGAGCCGACCGUUAUUGUGUCACAAUCUGGAGAAAGUUUGGAAGAGCAUCCUAUUGCUGCUGAGACACUUCUUGGGGAACAUGAGUCUAAUUUGCCUUCAUCUGAUGCACCGCCACUGCCAUCACCCAUUAAUCCCAUAGAUAGGUCCAAUUUCCUCAACCAAGUGGGGGCACGAACGCCAAAUUAUGGCGAUCCACUUCAAGUCGAAGAGGAGCAGUUACGUAUAGAAAAUCAUAAUGUCACCCAGUCCUAUGAGGUCAAUAGACAAAGACUAAACUCUGAUUGUGAAAAGGAAAUUAAAGAAGCGAUUGCUCAAAUAUGUCUCAAAUAUGAAGCUAUGCAAAAAGAAGCAGAUGCAGCUUUCCACGCAAAAAGGAAGGAACUUGAUACCUAUCUUAAGAGAGUGCUCAUGAAUAAGAUAUUAGCCUCGGCUUUCCGGGCUAAGUGCCAAGAUCUUACUCCUCCCGUACGUUUCGGAAUGCAGCAAGUGUCUCAACCUGGAUUAAUGCAGCAACUGCAUAGGGUCUCUGGACCGUCUUCUGUGAGGCUUUCCCCUGUCAUUGCUUCAACAUCGUCUGGCCAAGCUUCUGGAAGCCAGCAGACCACACCACCACCUUCACUGCCGAGGUCACUGCCACCGCAACCGCCCCUUCAGAUUGUUCACCAUCCAGAAGCUCUCUUCUCGAGCACACCAAGCCGAUCACAACAUUGCACCAACCUCCGAGCUCCUUCCACUUCAUCCAUCAGGCCAUCACCUAAUACUAACCCUCCCAUCAACAGCAUUUCGACUAGACCUUUGGCUAACAUAGAUCCCACUAGCCCUUCUACUGCGCCUACAAGACCACCGCCUAUUGCUAACACAAUUCCCCCAACCACACCUACCACUAAUAGACCGCCACCUGUCAUUAACACAAUUACCCCCUCAACCACACCUACCACUGGCAGACUGGCACCUGGCAUCAACUCAAUUUCCCCUUCAAGCACACCUACUAAUAGCCGACCACAACCUUUCAGCAGACCAAAUAUCCCUUCAAGUACGUCAAACCGUCCAUCCCCUGGCGUCAACCCGGUUAAUUCCUCUAGCACUCAAAACAGAUCACCAUACAUUAUCAACACUGCCGACAUGUCUGCUGCGAAUCUACGAAUAAAUGCCGAAACCCGUGGUCAAAACUCACUUGUUAGGCCUGUAGCAAAUGAUGAAGCAACUCCGCGUACGCAAUCCAUGCCUGGCAGUGAAAUCCGUUCUGGGGCCCCACCUAUGCGAUCUGCAGUCAGUAGUGAAUUCCGUGCUCCGGCCCCACAUAUGCGAUCUAUGGCCAGCAGCGGAAUUCGUGCCCCAGCCCCCCAUAUGCGAUCAUUUAGAUCUACAUCUGAAUUUGCAACUCAGCAAGGGACGCCUCAAGGUCCGCAUAAUCGACCACUCAGAUCCCAAUCGCUGGUCCCAUCAUCCUCGCAACAAUUGCUGCCAAGCACCUCAUCUAUGCAUCCCCAUCCUUCGAACUACAUACCAUUACAACGAAUUCCAUCGAGUGGAGGACCAUCAUUGACGUCUACUGGUAAUUCGAAUGUCGUUAUGGAUAAUGAUGCUCGUUUUCCAACGCCACCUGACUUAUCACAGUCUAACUUUAUGGACCUAACCAAUGUCUACCAAGAGGGCGCUACACGCUCUUCUGGCCAUGAUCUUGUUUGUUUGUCCGAUGAUGAGUAACUAGUAUAUUACUAUUAUCUAGUAUUAUAUAUAUAUAUUAUAUCUAUAGGUUGUAAAAAAUUUGCAUGAAGGGUUUCACUUGUAGUGGCCAAAACAAUUAAUUUCUCAAAGAAUAGGAGGAAGCACUUGUUCUUUGUAGAAAAGGAAUGCUGGAGAAUUAUCUCUCUUUUUGUCAACGCAGUUCUUUUCAAGAA